AUGGAUGCGGAUGGGGCUGACAUUAAUGUUGUUUGCCGGUGUUUAUUCGGCAAAAUGAUGGACGGAGGGAUCAUCGCCCUUCUCCAUUUGCAUUUAAGUCGUAUUUUAGUCCCAAUGGAUUCGAAAUAUCUUAUUGGAAAGGGGGGAAUUCAAAGAAUUCGGCCCGAAAACACCGAUUACUCCGCAAAGAUUUACAUUUAUUACACUCUUCCGGUCGUGAAAAUCGAACAAUCGCCUGAUUAUGACAAGAAGUGCCUGCUUUUCGGACAGGAAACCAAUUUCAUGCCCCGAAGGCAAAUAACCAUGAUUGUGGCAGCAGUUCCCCGCACCGUUUCGCCGUCUGGCCCCGCACUCUCUCUGCCCAUUUCUCGCCGUAUCCAUGAGCCGCGCCCUGAUCUUUUGAGGGCCCGUGCUUUCAUUCCAUGCAGAAGGAGGACCGAAGAAAUGGCACCGGAGAAAGCCACCGGGCUCGGCUUCGCGGCGUGUCGUUAA